AUGCUUGGGCACCCCUUGUGUUAUCCAAGCCAAGUUCCUGUGCUUGAGCUGACAGGCGUUUCUGAGCAGAUGUGGCUGAUAGAGUUGAUACCUCCCUUCUGCACCUUCCGGUGGGUGCCUGGGCUCAUAGCUCGCACUUCGGCAGAGUCUGCAGCCAGGUGCCUGAACGCGGGCGCCCUGGUGCAGGACUCAGUGCAGCACCGUCCUACCCGCCUCCAUCAGCUGCUCCAGCAUCCUCUCCGCGCACCUGCGUGUGGCUCCAGUCUGGCCACCCCUUCGUCCCGCUGUCCGCACCGCUCCCCACUCAGAACUCCAGGAGGUGGUGGCAGAGGCGCCUAG